AUGGCCCCCCUCGACCUCUACAACCAUGUCGCAACCGAGACACCCUCCAUUCGCCCUAAGCCUGCUGAUGCUCCCCCACCGGCUGAAACACCGAUGAAGACGCUUCUCAACCGCCUCUUCACCCUCACUGUGGGCACUCCCCGUCCACCAACACCAAUGGAGCUGGACACUCCCGUCGCCACCAAAAUCACCCCCGUCCUUGCACGCCUCGUGCUCUCCCCCGAGACCAAGACGCCGACUAGAAAGUUGUUUGGGAUGUUCUCGGCGGAUAAAAUGGUGAAGAAUAGUUUCAAGAAGGAGAAGGAGCUGGCAAGGAUCAAGAGGGAGAGGGAGGAGGCGAGGUGCUUCUGUAUGACUUGUAAGGGCGGGAGGUGGGGGGGAGUGUAUUGCUGUGCGGUGACGGUGGUCGAGUUUAUGGAUUUCGAGUACGCGAAGGGGAAUGGGAAGGGCGGGAAAUGUGGGUGUGUGAUGUGUAAAGGCGAGUGGAGUGAGGGUGAAGAGUAG